GAGGCAAAAUCUGAAUCAGAAGCUAAGAGAUACGUGGAGACUGGAAACACUCGAUUAGCUGCUGGUCAACUAGCUGAUGCCCUGGCCCAUUACAAGUUUGCAAUAUACAAUGAUCCUAAGAACUACAUGGCCUACUACAAGAGAGCCGAUGUCUACCUGGCCCGGGGAAGUCCCAAACUAGCCCUUUCAGAUCUGAAGAAAAGUAUGACUCUCAAGCCAGACUUCACCCCUGCUCUCAUCAGUCACGGGAAUGUACUCUUCAAACUGGGACACCUCGCUAAAGCUAGGGAGGAUUACGCUGCAGUGUUGAAAUACGAUCCUUCAAAUAAAGAGGCCGACAAGCAACUUGGAAUGACUCGUACUCUUGAGGAGCGAAUAACGUUAGGAGAUCAACUGUUCCAAUCAAAUCAACACGAGCAAGCAUUAGAUGCCUACUCAGAAGUUAUAAUGGUAAGACAGUAG